AUGAAAUCUCCAGAUCAUUCCUUCAGAGCUCCAGACCCCUUACUAUAUGAUGGGCAUUCUCUUGCUGUCCCAGGCAAGGAUAUAUCAAUGGUCAGUAUGGUAGAAAGUUCAUGCUCCCAAUCCGAAAAUUUGUGACCAGGGAAACAGCUCAGUCUCAAGUUCUAUUUUUGCUAUUACUGCUUACUAUCAAUAUGCCUCGGAAACUCUCUUGCUUACUACUCUAUUUACAACUCCUCCACAAAUUUUCUAUUUUUAAGUAUAAUUCUCCUUAUAGGAAGCAUUUUGUUCAGCCUCGCCAUUAUGAUUUUAGAAGUUCGAAUUGGCUCACAAGUUAUGAAAAAAUACUUGAUAAAUGAAAUGGUCUAUAUAUUUGUAGGCCUUUCUAUUAUCUUCUCAGACCCAAACGUUUUUGUAGUUUUAGUUCAAAUUGACGAUAAAAAUGAUUCAUUUGCCACCAGUUUUGCGUUUUUGGCAAUUUUAGGCGUUAUAGCUCAUAAAAACCUAAUAAAAAAAAUCAGACAGUUUGUUGAAGUAAAUGCUUUCCUAGGGAUUAUUGCCUUUAUUUUAAACAUGUUUGGGCAAAUGAACCAGGGCACAACAAUUUUUCAAUUUAUUUUAUUUAUGUUACUGAUAUUUUAUUUAGCUACUGAGCUACAAUCAAUUAGCCAAGACAUGAAGCUGGCUCCUGAUAAAAGCGACGCAUCACUGAUGAUACAUGAAAAUGUAGAACGAAAAGGCAGAAGAAGCUUAAGUGAUCAAAGACAAAAAAUUGAAUCAAAGCAUGCGAACACUACAAUAGAAGAAAUUGUAGCAUCCCUAGUCAAAUCUUUUGAUUUGCUUUCAGAAGUUCAAUCACAAGAUACUGCUAUGCAAGAAAAAGUUCAAGCAUCUGCAGACAUUAUAUUGAAAUCAUUAGAAACUUUAAGAUCGUCCCCCAACAUUUAUUCAACGAAUUUGAAUAACAUUGUCAAAAACCUGGACGAGCAGGACAAAAUGUUUAUUGAGCAGACUUUUAUUGAUGCUAGUAAAAGUGGCUCAAUUCAUUGUCAGCCUCUUGCCAAGAGAAACCGCAAAGACCCCCUUUAUACAACAGGAUAUGGGGUUCCUGAGCUAAUGGGUAUUUUGCGUCAAAUCGGCAACGAAUGGAACUUCAACACUUUUUUUAUUGACGAAUGCACAAAAGGCUGCCCACUUCUGUCUUGUGGAGUCUACAUGAUCAGAAGAUACGGACUUGAUGAAAUUUUUGGCAUUACAGACCAAAGCUUGACUAAUUUAUUAGAAGUUUUGGAAUCAAAAUAUAUAAGAAACCCUUACCACAACUCCUGCCAUGCCGCAGAUGUGAUGUGCUCGUAUUUGUUUUUAAUUCAUGCUUCACAGCUAGGAGAUGAAAUGAGCAGCCUAGAGCUUUUGGCAGGAAUUUUUGCGACACUUGCACAUGAUGUAGGCCAUCCUGCGAAAAAUAAUAGAUUCUUGAUCAUGAGCAAUGAUGAUUUAGCAAUUCAGUUUAACGAUAUAAGUGUCCUGGAAAUGCUGCAUGCUUCGAUGUUUUUCCAAAUACUAAAGAAAAGUGAGCCGAACUUAUUUAAAAGCCUGGAGCCUGAAAAAUGGCGUCAAAUGAGGAAGCUUAUUAUUGAGCUCAUUUUGGCGACAGACAUGGGAAAGCAUUUUGAAAUCAUGGGGUAUUUCAAUUCGAAAUAUCUAAGUAUCAGUGAACUCCCUGAGCCAUCAGAUGCUGAGUUUAGACUGGACCAAUACAAAAUGACAAUAAAAUCAGCCGAUAUUGGUCAUGCUGCCAAGUCAGUCGACCUCCAUGAAAAAUGAUGCGGAUUAGUUAUCAAAGAAUUCUUCGCCCAAGGUGAUGAAGAAAAACAGCUGGGAAUUCCCGUUUCAAUGUACUGUGACAAAGAUACAACUGAUAUUUCCAAAUCACAAGCUGGGUUUAUAAAAAACAUUGUAAUGCCUCUUUUUGUAGCUUUAAACAAAGUUAUGAAUUCCCCGCUGAUUGAAGAAAACUGCAUAGCCCAGCUCAAGAUAAAUGAAGGGUUCUGGAACUCCAAGCGAUCUUAUAAACAAUACCAAACAGUGCUGAUGCGCAAAGAAGAAGAAAACGAGAAAGCCAGGAUCGAAAACAUCCUAGUCCGCAGCAUGACUUUGAGACGUGGAAGCGCUGUGGAAAAGUUCCUCUCUUAA